CAAUUCAUACCGUGCAGUAUAAAGAAGGGAUUGCACGAGUUUUAAUUACAGAACAACUUCAAGAGGAGGCUGAAAUUGCUCAUCCUAUCGAAAAUAUCCGAUAUGUCUAUGAGACAAAGGACAUAUUUCUUCCUUGGCCAAAACAUUUAAUUUUAAAUUUGGAUAAGGUUCCCAUAUUCCCGGAUGUCGCAUCCACCCAUAAAUCAUCGUCAAAGGGGAAGCAGAUAGCAACCCCUCACAGAUCACCGAAUAAAGGGAAACAGAUAUCAACUCUUCCUGCUAUGUCUUCGGCUGGAUCACAAUCAAAUGUCAGGAUAGAUCAAGUGGACAAGAAUGCAACAUUCAAGCCGGAGGUCUGGGCUCAAAUACCUGUAUGUCUCCACUUUUUAGUUGAAGAAUUUAUAAGGAGGAAAGGGAAGUGGAGCGUUGUUGAAGUUCCAACUGAUCCAGACUUCAUGCCACCUCGCACACAUAUUAUCUUGUCAUCAGAGGAUGUAGAGCAGGUUGGAACCUUAAAUUUUAUUGGAUGUCAAGGCAUGAUCUUUGGAAUUAGAUGCAUUUGGGAGGAUUUAACGAAUAUGCGGGAGUAUUUCAAGUUCUUUGACCCAGAGCUACUCAAUGCCACGGACAAAGAUGGAAUUGUCCACCAAGAAGUUGUUAUCAAAUUGGCUGAAUGGUUGAAUACAAUGAAUAACAAAUCUCAGAUGUUCUUCAUACCGUGGAACUACGAACGUCAUUGGAUGCUUGAGAUUGUUUGUGCUGGGAAGAUCAUUCACUUGGACCCUUGGCUUAGACAUAAACGCCCUAAGAUGACUAUUGAUCUCACACUCCAAAGGGCAUAUGAACUGCUCGGAGGUUCCAACGAGUUACUUGGAACAUUUCCAGGAGUAACCGUUGCAGCGUGUCCAAAACAAACAUUGGGAAUUGAAUGUGGUUUUUAUGUACUUAGGUACAUUAAUGACAUUGUGAAAGCUCUAAAUUCAUUCGUUGUGAUAAGAGAAAAGUUUGGAAAGAUGGACACAUACGAUGUGGAGACGAUGUUGCUACCACUGCAACAUCAAUGGUUAUCGAAAUUGACACGAUACUUGUACUAGUUAACUUUAGACUUUUAAUUUUAGGCAAUACUUAUUUUGUGUAUUUUUUUUAUUAGUAAGGACUUAACAUAUUUUGUAAUGUAUACUUUAACUUUGUUAUAAUAUAAUUACAAUGUCUUUUGUACUUAA